UGGCAAAUGUGCUGUUCCUUGAAUCCCCUGCUGGAGUAGGCUUUUCAUACUCAAACACUACUUCAGACUAUGAUCAUGCAGGAGAUAAGAAUACUGCUAAAGAUGCCUAUGUUUUCCUCAUCAAUUGGCUAGAAAGGUUUCCACAGUACAAAACUCGUGAUUUCUACAUAACUGGAGAGAGCUAUGCUGGCCAUUAUGUGCCUCAGCUUGCAUACACUAUUUCGCUGAACAAUAAAUUCAGUAACCAAAAUAUUAACCUCAAAGGCAUUGCUAUAGGGAAUGCUUGGAUUGAUGAUGUGACAAGUAUUAAGGGGAUAUUCGAUUACUUAUGGACUCAUGCUUUGAGCUCAGAUCAAACACAUGAGUUGAUUGAGAAGUACUGCGAUUUCACUUCUGAAAAAGUUUCUGUGAUAUGUACCAAGGCAACAACUACAGCCUUUAUUGAGAAAGGGAAGAUAGACUCUUACAACAUCUACGCUCCACAGUGUCACGAUUCUUCUCUCAGAAAUGAAUCAAAUGGUUCUGGGAAAGCCUAUCUAAAUAGGCCUGAAGUUCAACUAGCUCUGCAUGCAAAACCCACAAACUGGAGCCAUUGCAGUGGUGAUACUGAUUCAGUGGUGCCAGUCACAUCUUCCAGAUAUUCAGUCAACACCCUCAAGCUCCCUAUCCAAGUUCCUUGGCGUCCAUGGUAUUCGGGCAAUGAGGUUGGAGGGUAUGUGGUGAAAUACCAAGGAGUGACGUUUGUUACAGUAAGAGGAGCAGGACAUUUGGUGCCAAGCUGGCAACCAGCGCGAGCUCUAACCUUCAUCUCCUCAUUCCUCUAUCGAACCCUUCCUCCUGCUUCACCAUGGAAGGGUUUCUAA